UUGUAAUUUUGUAUUAUUUUUGUUGGUAUUACCUCGGCACCUUGCAUAAUGUCUUGUACAACCUUAGACUCUGGUUUUCAAUGGAGUGAAGGAAUGAAUCUUUCUUUUAUUGUUAUUAUUAUUAUUACAUCAUAUUAUUAUUAUAAAUAAUAACAAAAUCUCAAAUCUCUCUUCAUUUUUAUGCUUCAGUAGAGUCUCAGUCGCUUGGCAUAGAAAAAGAUCUAAGAUCUGAUAUGGUUAAGAUGGAGCAGUUCUUCCAGAAGCUGGGAAAGAAACCCAAUAGCAGUAGCAUCAACCUGAACAACUGUGGAUUGACCUUGGAUGAUAUUGCUGAAUUAGUGGCUCUCUUGCCUCUUCUCCCAGAUCUGGAAGAACUAGAUAUUUCUUGGAAUAACUUCAUAGGUGGAGCUCUCAAGCCAAUCAUGCUGCAACUUCAUCAUGUCAGCAAAUUAAAAGUCAUCCGACUGAAUAACUGUCGACUCACAGUUGACGAUGUCUUAGAACUGGGAGAAGUCCUCAAAACUUCCCCGGACCUGGAAGAACUCAACUUAUCCUGGAACAGUUGUGUAGGAGGCAAUCUAAGCCACAUCCUCCAGGGCAUCCAAGAAGGAAGCAAGGUCCAAAUCCUAAGGUUGAUAGACUGUGACCUCACAGCAGAAGAUGCAGCAUCUGUAGGUCAUGUGCUACUCUUGAUGCAGAAUCUCAAAGUGUUUGAUCUUUCCAUAAAUAGAAACAUUGGCUGCAAUCUAACUGUCAUUGCUCAGGGGCUGAAAAAUACCCCGUGGCUGAACAUAUUAAAGUUACAUACCUGUGGAUUAACUCAAGACAGCAUCCAGAUUUUAGGUACUGCUUUUGGACAUUUGUCUGAGUUGAGGGAAUUGGACCUGUCCGGCAACAAGGAGUUAGGGGGAGGAUUUAAAGACUCUGCUGCCCACUUGGCCCAUCUGAAGUAUCUCCAAGUCUUGGACCUUCACCAGUGUUCAUUAUUGGAAGAGGAUGUAGCAUCUCUGACCCAGGUCAUCCCUCUACUCUCCAGUCUUCAGGAAUUGGACCUCUCAGCCAACAAGAAGGUGGGCAGCUCUUCUGAAAAUCUCCUCAGUAGGCUGCGAUUCUUACCAGAGUUGGCAACUUUGCUCAUCAAUGGCUGUGCAUUAGGAAAAGAUGCAUUCGCUGCUCUUGCUGAAGCCUCCAUGUAUCUCCCUGCCCUGAAGAUACUUGACCUUUCUUGGAAUAAGUAUGUAGGAGGAAACCUCAAUAUGCUUUUAGAGACUCUAAAGCUAUCAGCUGCCCUCCAAGUUUUGAGACUGAGAAGCUGCUCUCUAGUUGCUGAGGAUAUGACUUUCCUUGCAUCCGUUAUGCAAACUGGUCAUCUUGCCAAGCUGCAACAGCUGGAUCUGAGCUAUAACGACAACAUUUCAGAUGAAGGGUGGGCCGUUUUCAGUCAAAAUGUGCCGUUCUUAAAGGAGCUGACCGAGCUGGACAUCAGCUUGCGGCCAGCCAACUUUCGUGAAUGUGGACUGUGGUUUGGACACUUGCUAAAUGGUUUGACCAAACUGCCCCUGCUCUCUGAGCUAGGAAUCCAAAGAUGGAGGAUCCCAGAGCCCCAGGAGGAAGAGCUGGAGUAUUUUAACCAAGAACACAAAAGGAACAUCCACUUUGACUAUGGCGGAUUCCAGUGACAUCUCUUUUCCCAGGGCUACAGAAAAGAAAACAAAAAUCUUUCUCUCUUAAUAAUGAAUGAUAACUCAGGGACAGCAUUAAUAUACAACAUAUCAAAUACUAUAAAGGGGUAUGAUAAUAUAAUAUAAUUAAUAUUAUAUAGCAUGCUAUGUAAUAUAAUGUUACUAGAUAAUAUUGUAAGUACUAUAAAAGGGUAUAAUAUAAUUAAUAUUAUAUAGCGUGCUGUGUAAUAUGUUACUAGAUAAUAUUUAAGUAAUAUAAAAGGGUAUGAUAAUAUAAUUAAUAUUAUAUGGCAUACUGUGUAAUAUAAUGUUACUAGAAAAUAUUUUAAGUAAUGUAAAAGGGUAUGAUAAUAUAAUUAAGAUUAUUAAGAUACAAUGUUAUUCUAUUAAGUCAUAUAAAAGUAUAUGAUCAAAGUGCAGUGAUAACAGUAACUAAUACAGAUACGGUGCUCUAAAGUCUACAAAGUGCUUUACAGACAUGCUCUCACAAUGACCCUAUGAGCGAGUCUGACAAGGGUUACCACCAUUUAUAUGGGGUGAGGCAGGACUAGAACCCGUAGGUUCCUGAUGCCACUUUGUCUCUCACUAAGCUCAUGGUGCUUCCUGUGCAGCUCAGGGGAGCUGGCCAACUUGCCCACAGUUUCCCAUUCUGUUAGGAAGAAGGGUUUGAGCAUACAUUCUUCUGGCUCCAAGACUGAAUUGGAUGUGAUGCUAAAAACAAGACCCCCCCCUUUCUUCAUUGGCAGGCAACUAAGAUUAAAGUGUUAGACCUUGAGUCAGGAAGAUCUGAGUUUGAAUCCUGCUUCACACUGCUUACUUGCCACGUGAUGCACUUUAAAAGUCUCUUAGGGGCACCUAGGCAGCUCGGUAGAUUGAAAGCCACGCCUGGAGAAGGCACUUCUCGGUUCUCAGUGAACUCUUUUUAUACUUCAUCUUCAUGUCUCUUCUCUAUUCACUUGAUAAUAAUAGAACCUCAGAGCUGGAGGAGAACGCAGUUGCCCUCUAGUCCAGUAUGGACCAGAACAGACAUCCCUUUUACAACUUGGCCAACUAGAGGUCACCCAGCCUUUUCUUGAAUACUUCUAGUGAAGAAAAGCUCACUACUUCCAGAGGUAGCCCAUUCCACUUUUGCAAAAGUAACUUUAAAAAUCAGUGGUUAAUUGCCAACCCUUUGGAGCAGAAACAUUCAAAAUCUGAGGGAAAAAAACCUGUUGCAUGAGUACAAAUAUGUGGGAUUCAGGAAUGGGAAUUCCCUUCACAAAUAUAAUUUUUAACAGAAGUCCAAUCUGUGUAUAGAAGAUUCCCAGGCCAGGGAUUUAGACAUUCUUGGGGACAGGAGAACUCUAUGAGGCAGCUCUUACUGUUUAGAUCCAUCUAAAGACUGCUAAGUUCUCUCUAUUUUUGUAUAUUCUUCAAUAAAUCCUAUGCCAGAAAACCACUUGUGAGU